AUACAAGAAUGUCAUCAAUAACUUCCGGUGACGUAGCUUUGCAAUGUUGCCGUAUUUUGUGAAUGUAGAUAGAAGCAUAACUGUUUAUAAUGGUUAUAUUAGAUUAGUGUUUGUUAGAGUAUAUUGUUAAUUAAUUGGUAAGAACGAUGGCUUCCUUAGUUGCGGAUUAUGGAACUUCCUCGAGUUCGGAGAAUAGCAGCGAUGAUAUUUCAGACAGUGCCGAUAACACGUAAGCUUUCGUUGUCACGAGAAGAGGAAGAAGAGGAUGAGGAGGAAGAAGAAAAUGAUGAAAAUAAUGAAAUAUGUAAAAUAGCUUCCAAAGAGAAACUUCCAUUACCAACUCCAGACUUUAAUGGCAUACCCACAAUGAAAACUUCAGUCUUCUCAAAUCCAUUUGUUGAGGCAGAAAAAGCAAAGAGUGCAAUUCUUGAGAAACAUGUGAAAAUGACACCAACUCUUGAUGAUACAAAAAUGAUAAAUGGCAGAAAGAUUUGUUGGAAUUAUAGGAAAGGUAGAUGCCGGUUUGGCCAUAAUUGUACCUUUGCACAUGAUUCUGAUUUACAUCGUACAGCAGCUGAGUUAGAGGCAAUUAGAACGCCACAGGAAACAGUUAUUUGUCAGACUCAAUAUAAUGGUCAAGUUUCCAUCAAUGAUGAUGAUGAAAUAGACCAAGAAAAUAAUCAAAUGAAUAGACGUAAAAAAAGGCCAGGAUUAAGCCAGUCUCUAAUACCUAGUAAGAAAGUUUUAAAAAUGUACAAAGCACAACAAGCUAAAGCUAUUAGUAGGUAAAUGUAACUGUGUCAAAUAUUAACGUACAACUAGAUGCUCUGAGAUGGGAAUGAUUUAUGAUUUAUAUAUUUUAGAACUCAAAUGAAUUCCUGUAAAUGGAAUUGAUUACAUACUCUAUAAAAAAUGGUAAUCAAAAAGCAGAAAACAGUAUAAAAGAUUAAUCAUUUCUUUAUAUAUGAACAAAAAAGAAAAAAUAGAACAAAUAUAUGCUUCCAAUAAAAUGACACAUGCAGAUUAUGCCUAUUUCUGAUUGAAUUGAAAGUUUCAGAAUUAUUUAAAUAUUACUCAAUAUUUAUAAAAAGAAAUGUUUGUUAUGUAUAUAAAAAAUAUAGAGUUUAAUUGUAUAAUUAAUACUU